AUGGUUCGGGAAACAGAUAGGUAUAAGGCCCCGAGCAAGGUUCCCUACACAAAGGAGCAGAUAAGGGACGUCUUCAAACGUCAUGAGACGAAUGGAGAUGGUCAACUUUCCAAAGAAGAGCUGGCCGCAGCCUUUGACGAACUUGGCGCGAAAUGGCCUCCUUUUAGAGCUUGGUUUGCUCGACAGUAUGCAGAUGACAACGGCGAUGGCUUCAUUUCUAUAGACAAUGAGCUCAGCAAGCUCGUCGAAUAUAUUCUCAGCAAGCUCAUUGACUAUACCUCAAUUGAAGCUCUCUAUGUAUGUAAUCGUAGUGAUGGAGCUAGACUUAGUAUCUUAGUGGCCACAUCCACUUCAAGUUUGAAGCUCUCUAUGUAUGUAAUCGUAGUGAUGGAGCUAGACUUAGUAUCUUAG